CGCUUGUUCGUCAAGACAUUGACGAUAAUACCCAAGCCAUCGCGUCGUCGGCCUUGACGCAGCAGCCCAGCAGCACACUUCGCGACGUCCCAGGAACACUCCACGGGUCGCCUCAAGCUCGCAUUUGCACCCGUGCGACGACUGCUCCGCGGGCAAACAGGGCAGCCAUCUUGGCCGCGGUUGCUUGCGCCUCCCCCCUAAUAAAACCUCUCGCUCGCAUCCGCCUCACCCGAUACCCUCGCGAAUGGCAGCUGGUUGACCCUCUGCUCCCCGAUGAGCUCCCUCAAGUUUGUGGUAUCCUCCCUGGAUGCCAUUGCCACUUCCAAAGAUGCCCAGCGCAACAAGCAGCUCGCCGACUCGGCUAAGAAGGCCCUCGAUGCCAUCAAGGAGCAGGACCAGCUCCCCGACCCCGACAUCGUUUUUGCUCCCCUGCAGCUGGCGACCAAGUCGAACAACCCGCAACUGACAAAUGCCGCGCUCGACUGCAUUGGAAAGCUCAUCUCCUACUCCUACUUCUCCAUCCCCACUCGAGAAAACGACGCCAAGGACGGUGCCGAGCCCGCCCCGCCGUUAAUCGAGCGCGCCAUCGACACGAUAUGCGACUGCUUCCAGGGCGAGACUACAGCCGUUGAGAUUCAGCUCCAGAUUGUAAAAUCCCUCUUGGCCGCUGUUCUCAAUGACAAGAUUGUCGUCCAUGGCGCUGGCCUGCUCAAGGCCGUCCGCCAGGUCUACAACGUCUUUCUCCUGUCGCGGAGCACCGCCAACCAACAGGUCGCACAAGGCACCCUCACCCAGAUGGUCGGGACAGUCUUCGAACGUGUCAAGACAAGGCUGCACAUGAAGGAGGCGAGGUUGAACCUCGGCAGCCUCAAGCAUAGCUCAAGCAACAUCACGUUCGACCCGGCCGAGGCUGCCAACGGAGCCGUUGACGACGAUGGGUCGAUAGCGCCAUCUGGCGAAUCUGGCGACGCGAACGGGAACGGCGCGAAACUGACAUUGAAGGACCUCGAGCAUCGGAAGAGCUUCGACGACUCCAAUCUGGGCGACGGGCCUACCAUGGUCACUCGAUUGACACCGGCUAAGAAGGACGAAACAGACACGUCAGUUUCCGGCCAGUCGGUUACUGACUACCCAACCCACGACGACGGCGAUGCGCUGGACGCAGAAGACGAAGUGUACAUCCGAGAUGCAUAUCUCGUGUUUCGAUCAUUUUGCAAUCUCUCGACAAAGGUCCUCGCCCCGGACCAGCUCUACGACCUGCGCGGGCAGCCCAUGCGCUCCAAGCUCAUAUCUCUUCACCUCAUUCACACCGUCCUCAACAACAACAUAACUGUUUUCACGUCGCCACUGUGCACAAUCAAGAGUUCAAAGAGCAACGAACCCACAUCUUUCCUCCAGGCUGUCAAAUUCUACCUCUGCCUCAGCAUUACCCGUAAUGGCGCCAGCGCUGUGGACCGCAUUUUCGAUGUCUGCUGCGAGAUCUUUUGGCUCAUGCUCAAGUACAUGCGGCCGUCCUUCAAGAAGGAGAUAGAAGUCAUCCUCAAUGAGAUCUAUUUGGCCCUGUUGUCUCGGCGGAACGCGCCGCUAUCACAGAAACUCUACUUUGUCACCAUCCUCAACCGUUUAUGUGCCGAUCCACGAGCUCUCGUGGAAAUCUACCUCAACUAUGACUGCGAUCAAACAGUGGACAACAUCUUUCAGACAAUUGUCGAAGACCUCUCCAAGUUCUCUACCACUCCUGUCGCAAUCACAUCUAUUAAUGAGCAAGUAUACGAGGAGUUGCGUGCAAAGUCUGCCCCAGCAAGCGAGUGGCAGCUAAAGGGCAUCCUACCCCCACCAUUGACCGUUGUGCACAUUGUGCCGCAGCAAGAGGCCGAACCUGAUUUCCCCAAAGAGUAUGCGAUAAAGCGACUGUCCCUCGAGGCCUUGGUGGAGUCCCUGAGAUCUCUGGUAAAUUGGUCAGCGUCGCUGCGAGCAGACGGCACCGAGACGGUGAAGGCAGACGGCGACACGAAGGCGUCGUUGGAUGAACUGCGGCCAUCGAUCGACCCAACGGCAAGCGAGAGCGCCUCCCGACUGGAGACACCUUUACCGCCAUCGACGCCUGUAGUGGACGAUGAUCCUGAUCAGCUGGAAAAGGAAAAGGCGCGGAAAACGGCAUUAAUGAACGCCAUCAGACAGUUCAACUUCAAACCCAAGAGGGGCAUCAAGCUGCUGUUGCGCGAUGGCUUCAUCGCGAGUGAAGAGCCGGCAGAGAUUGCCAGCUUUCUACUAAAGGAGGACAAACUCGACAAGGCCCAAAUUGGAGAGUUUUUGGGCGAGGGCGAUCCGCAGAACAUUGACAUCAUGCAUGCCUUUGUUGACUCCAUGGACUUUACCAAGAAACGCUUUGUCGAUGCUUUACGCCAGUUCCUGCAAUCAUUCCGUCUUCCUGGAGAGGCACAAAAAAUCGACCGCUUCAUGCUGAAAUUUGCUGAGCGAUACGUGCUGGGCAAUCCCAACGCCUUCGCGAAUGCCGACACGGCAUACGUGCUGGCAUACUCGGUGAUCAUGCUGAACACAGAUCAGCACAGCAGCAAGAUAGCCAAGAGGAUGAGCAAGGAAGAAUUCAUCAAGAACAACCGGGGUAUCAACGACAACGCCGAUCUGCCGGACGAGUACCUAAUCGGAAUAUAUGAGGAGAUUGCCAACAAUGAGAUUGUCCUCACCAGCGAGCGCGAGGCGGCCGCCGCCUCGGGAACGCCAGCUUCGCAACCCACUGGUCUUGCUGCAGGGCUUGGCCAAGCGCUCUCCAACGUUGGGCGUGAUUUGCAGCGCGAAGCAUAUGUGCAGCAGUCUGAGGAGAUCUCGUUACGGUCUGAGCAGCUCUUCAAGAAUCUCUUCAAGAGCCAACGCCGCAACACCUCCAAGGCUGGGCUUAAAUUUAUCCCUGCAACAUCCUCCAAACAUGUGGGCUCCAUGUUCGACGUAACCUGGAUGUCCUACUUUUCGGCUCUCUCGAGUCAGAUGCAAAAGGCACACAACCUCGAGGUCAACAAGUUAUGUCUUGAGGGCAUGAAACUUGCGACGAGGAUCGCAUGUGUCUUUGAGCUGUCCACGCCUAGAGAAGCGUUCAUCUCGGCUUUGAGAAAUACGACUCAUCUGAACAACCCUCAAGACAUGCUGGCCAAGAAUAUUGAAGCUCUCAAAGUUUUGUUGGAACUCGGCCAGACCGAGGGCAAUCUUUUAGCCGAGUCUUGGAAGGACAUACUCAUGUGUAUCAGUCAGCUUGACCGGCUGCAAUUAAUCACUGGCGGCGUGGACGAAAGCGCGGUGCCAGAUGUUUCGCAGGCCCGAUUCACACGGACCGACACAUCUGACUCGAGGUCAUCGACCCAAUCCCGGCAGAGACCCCGCCAGCGGUCAGGCACUGGUUCCCGCGGGUUUUCCAACGAGAUCGCAUUGGAGAGCCGCUCGGAUGAAUUCAUUCGCAGCGUUGACCGAAUUUUCACAAAUACGGCCAACCUCUCCGGAGAAGCCAUGGUUCACUUCGCCAAAGCCCUCACCGAGGUUAGCUGGGACGAGAUCAAGGUCUCAGGCUCCAACGACUCUCCGCGCACCUACAGUCUCCAGAAGAUUGUGGAGAUCAGCUACUACAACAUGGACCGUGUGCGCUUCGAGUGGAGCAACAUUUGGGACGUCCUCGGCGAACACUUCAACCAAGUUGGAUGCCACAACAACAUGAACAUUGUGUUUUUCGCAUUGGACUCACUACGACAGUUGUCCAUGCGCUUCAUGGAAAUUGAGGAACUGGCUGGCUUCAAAUUCCAAAAGGACUUUUUGAAACCGUUUGAACAUGUACUGGCAAAUUCACACAACAUCACGGUCAAGGACAUGGUCCUGCGCUGUCUUAUCCAGAUGAUUCAAGCUCGCGGGGAUAACAUUCGCUCGGGUUGGAGGACAAUGUUUGGAGUCUUCACCGUUGCCGCUCGAGAACCACACGAGAGCAUCGUCAACCUCGCCUACGAGAACGUCAACCAAGUAUAUCGGACCAAGUUUGGGGUCGUCAUCACUCAGGGGGCCUUCACAGACCUCAUUGUUUGCUUGACGGAAUUCUCCAAGAAUCUGAAGUUCCAGAAGAAGAGCCUGGCGGCGUUGGAGCUGCUGAAAUCCAUUGUUCCUACAAUGCUUAAGACUCCCGAAUGCCCGUUGUCGCAAAUUCCGAAGAAGGGCGAGUCGACCACCAAAGCUGCAGAUGGUGUUGCCAAACCGGUGCCAACGAGAACAUCGGUCGAGGAGGGCUACUGGUUCCCUGUGCUCUUCGCUUUUCAUGACGUCCUCAUGACUGGAGAGGAUCUAGAGGUGCGUUCGAACGCACUGGAGUACUUUUUCGCCGCCCUUGUCAAGUAUGGCGGGGACUUCACACCCGAGUUCUGGGACAUACUCUGGCGGCAGCAGCUCUACCCGAUCUUCAUGGUGCUCCGGUCCCGGCCCGAGUUGACAAACGUCCUCAAUCAUGAGGAACUCUCCGUUUGGCUGUCCACUACUAUGAUCCAGGCGUUGCGCAACAUGAUCACGCUCUUCACGCACUAUUUUGACGCACUCGAGCAUAUGCUCGACCGGUUCCUCGAGCUGUUGGCGUUGUGUAUCUGCCAGGAGAACGACACAAUCUCACGAAUCGGAAGCAACUGUCUACAACAGCUGAUCCUCAAGAAUGUGACCAAGUUCACAGCCGAGCACUGGGCCAGGAUUGUUGGGGCCUUCUGUGAGCUCUUUGAGCGAACCACAGCCUACCAACUUUUCACCGCGGCCAAUCCGAACUCCACGGCGUCACUCUCACUCCAGUCCAAUGGGUUCGACUUUUCCAGCAGCCUGAGCCCCCCCACCGAUGCCCCUGCUGUCGACGAAAAGUCUCUGAAGAUCAAUGGCGCAGAUGAGAACAGCAUUUUGUCUGACGCCGAGUCCAUGCACGGGCAGCCAUCGCCGCAUCUCAAGGGAGAAGAGCUACAGACGCCCACCGCCAGCCAGCCACUGGAGGAGUUCAAGCCCUCGUCCAACCUGCAACAGCAGCCUGUGGUGGUGACCGCCGCGCGCCGACGAUUUUUCAAUCGCAUCAUCUCAAGGUGUGUGCUGCAGUUGCUGAUGAUUGAGACGGUCAAUGAGCUCUUCAGCAACGACGCUGUGUAUACUCACAUCCCGUCCACCGAGCUGCUUCGGCUCAUGGCGUUGUUGAAGCGCUCUUUCCAGUUUGCCCGGCGCUUUAAUGAGGACAAGGAGCUCCGCAUGCGACUCUGGCGCGAAGGCUUCAUGAAGCAGCCACCCAAUCUGCUCAAACAGGAGAGCGGAUCAGCUGCUACAUACGUGUCCAUUCUUUUCAGGAUGUUUGCGGACAACGCGCCGGAGAGACUGGAGAGCAGGCCCGACAUCGAGGCCGCAUUGGUGCCAUUGUGCAAGGACAUCAUCACUGGAUACUCACUACUGGCGGAAGAAAGUCAGCAUAGGAAUAUUAUGGCAUGGCGACCCGUUGUGGUGGAUGUCCUGGAAGGCUACGCCACGUUUCCCGAGGAUGCAUUCAAAGCUCAUAUCCCCGACUUCUAUCCUAUGUCAGUGGAAUUGCUGAACAAGGACCUGAGCCAAGACCUCAGGGGUGCGCUCCUGGCAGUUUUGCGGCGGGUCGGUGAAGUCGCCCUGGGUAUCGAGGGCCUGACCAAGGCAGGGGACAGAAGACGGGAGAGUGGGGUGACCGAGGACCAUGAGGAGCCCAGUAGCGAGCACGAGGCCGCCGCGCGCAAAAUGCUCUAAGUUAGCAGCACGUGUUGAUGUGUGAGGGGCGCCGCACCCCGGCGUUGCAGGGGAAGGUAGAUCUCAUUGGGUUUUUCGCAAAAGUAUGUGCCAGGAAGCGGCCAUGCUAUGCUCCAUGAAGUGUAAAAAAAGACAUAUUUCGCAUUCUGCUUCACGAUUUCCCCCUUUUACCCACAAGGAGGGUUCCCGCCUCGGCCUGGCCGCGCAAUCAAGUCUUACCAAGGAGGCAUGCGAAACUCGCCACCUUCAUAUUCCCAGAAGGUGCCUCCCGGAAUUGCGCCUGCCCUGGAUUCCAACAACUUGAGCACGACCUCGGCCCCAUCAAGAGGAUCCUUGAGGCCCUUAAAGCCGUUGAGGGCCGUCUUGCAGUGGCCGGGGCUGACGGCCCAGAACGUGAUUCUCGCCUUCUCGACGGCGUUCUCAUCGUUGUCCUCGGCGGCCUGUAGGUGAAGCGUGAGCAUGUUGAGCCCGGCCUUGACGAUGCAGUAAUCGACGAGCGCGACGGGGGGCAGCUGAUGCCUCGUCAGCCGUGAUUUCCUCUCCUCUUUCUUGAUGUCAAAGCCAUGGUGCGUCGAGAGGAGAAAGGGGGGAGGAGGAUGGACGACGAGUGAGACGUCAACGAACCUGCUUGGAGGCGGUGCGGCCCAUGCUCCCCCUUGUGCUGGACACCAUGACGACGCGUGGGCUCGCGCUCCUUCGCAGGAGAGGGGUGAAUGCGCGCGUCACAACCGCGUUGGACGUGAUGCCAUUGUUGAAGCACGCGUUGGAGGCGGCCCUCGCGGCGGAGAGGCCGCACCCGGCCGUCGCCGCGACGUGCAGUUUUAUGGCGUUGUUGACGAGAACUGGCGGCGUGUCCCUCAAGGGAUCAGCAAGCAAACAAACAAGUGGGAUAACACAUAUUCCAUCGGUCGACUUUGGGAGGUGAUGGAUUUUCGUGCGCGCCGCAGCAGCGUCAGGGCACACACACACAAGACAGAAGAAGAAUACACAUGUACCGCGUAUACCACGUACCAUCGAGUCGGCCAUAUCUGUGUUCAAUGGUCGCCACGGCCGCCGCAAUGGACGAGUCGCUCU